AUGGCGGAAAUUUUCCUUUCGGACGACCUCAACGAUAGUGAUCGGUUUGAAGAGCUCGAGAGCAUCCGAGAAAAGCUCAUUGCCGCUGGUGCUGAUGUUAACCCCAUCGAAGGGAAAAACCUCGGUGCAUCCGUUGCUAGUGUAUUUGUGCCGAAGAACUUUGCUCCUCUCUGGGCCGAGAAAGUGAGCGAAAAUGAUGUUCUCCAAGUUACCAAGCAGAGCUCUAUCUUUAUCGGUUUAUUGAUGGAUUUCCAAUCUCCUGGCGAAAUUGAAGAUUGCAACAAGAUCACCAAAAGCUUCUGCGAUGCCAUGUUGGAAGGCGAGAAAGCCGGCCGUGGCAAAAUUGUGUGCCGAAUUCUAUACGACAUGUUUAAAAUGGCCUUCCCUGUAAAAUCGAAGGCUAUGUAUUUGAUCUACUGCACUUGGCUCCAGUGUGCAUCCAGAAAGAACUCAAUUUAUCUUCUCGAGCUCGAGGGCAGCAAAAUUGAGCGAUUCCUCGAAAAGUGGGCCAAGGACUGGAACAUUACUGAGCUAGAAAUCAGAGUCCUUCGACGAGAGUACCAGGCCUGUCUUCAUAGACUUGGUCGCUACCAGAACGCUGCCAGUGCUAUGGAAGAUCUUCUCAAUAGCUAUAGCGACGCUGAUAUCACUGGAGAGGAGGCAAGAGCUGAUGCUCGACUCUGUAUUCUUCAGUCAAUCUGUACCGAGGGCGAAUACAGAUUCGACCACCUCCGAGAGAUCGAUGCCAUUCAAGCUCACAAAGGAACAUCCGUCUACGAAUUUCUCGAAAUCUUUAUCACGGGUGAUUUGGCCGCCUUUGAGAAAUUUGUCGAAGGAUCCGAUAUCUCCGAAUUCGCUCUUGACGAAGAGAAAUUGAACACUCUUCGACGAAAAAUGCGACUCCUGACUCUUGUUGGCCUGUGCAAGUCGAAUCCUGAUACUACUUACAAGGCUAUCCAAGAUAAGCUUGGACUCGAUGAAGAUGGUGUCGAAGAUCUUGCUGUUAGAGCGUUCCAGCUGAAACUCCUCCGAGGUCGAUUGGACCAAGGAAACGAAAGACUAUCGACAACCUACUCCAUCCAGCGAGAAUUCGGCCGCGCUGAGUGGGAAGACCUCGCUGAGAAGCUAUCCAGCUGGCAGAACAACCUUGAAAACGUCCGUCUGAGUAUCGAAGAAGUGCAAAACCUCGAAUUGGCCGCCUAG